AUGCAGCAAUACUACAUCCUUGCCCUCCUCCCAGCAGUCUUGGGCUGCCUGAACGCCGACACCAACUCGUGUGCCAGCUUCAUCAAGUCCCAGUCAGCCACCGCCUCUGCCUUCUGCGCCACCUUCACCAAGAGCACCGUCACCGCCACCACCGGCCUCCCCGCCUGGGCUACCAACUGCUCCAACAAGCCGUCCCAGAUCUCUGCAGAAUGCACCUGCAACUACAGCGGUGCUGGCGGCAGCUCGCCGACGACCACGCUCAAGACCACCACGACCGCUGGGAGCGGUGGUGCUAUCACUACACCCGCUGGUGUGACGACGACUUUGCCUGCUUCCAAGGGCGCUACGUCCACCAGCAAGGCCAUCACCGUCUCGGCUGGGCAGACUUACGAUGGUGGGAUGAAGAAAUUUGACAGAAGCCCCCGUGUCUGCGAGGAGCAAACUGAGACCGGUGAGGCCGAUGCCAUGUUUGUCCUAGAGGCCGGAGCUACACUUGCCAACGUCAUCAUUGGACCUGACCAAGCUGAGGGUGUCCACUGCAAGGGAACCUGUACCCUUACCAACGUUUGGUGGUCUGAUGUUUGUGAAGAUGCUCUCACCCUCAAGCAGUCCAGCGGAACCUCCUACGUCAUCGGCGGCGGUGCCUUCAAGGCUUCCGACAAGAUCGUCCAAUUCAACGGCUUCGGAACCGUCAGCAUUUCCAAGUUCUACGCCAACGACUAUGGCAAGGUUGUCCGAAGCUGCGGUAACUGCAGCGGAAACGGCGGUGCCCGUCACAUCAUCAUGGACAACGUGAUUGCUGUCGACGGCGGCGUGCUCUGCGGAAUCAACACCAACUACGGCGACACCUGCGUUGUGACCAACUCUUGCCAGGAUGACAAUAAGAUCUGCGACAGAUACACGGGCAACAACUCCGGUGCUGAGCCUCCCAAGAUUGGUUCGGGACCUGAUGGCACAUACUGCAAGGCUACUGGCUUUACUACCGCCUGUUAA